AUGGUCAACUCACCUGAAGCAACACCAGAAGCUUCUUCUACGCCUAUUGAACAACCCAACUCUAUUGACGAAGUGAUUGCACUUGUUGUUUCUGAUCAAGCUCAUGCUCAUGCAGCCAUCCUAAACACAUUAUCCACACAACAACUGUUAGCUUACACGUCUGACGGUCUUGAUCCUCUGACUGUAUUAAACCCAGUAUCGCACUCAUUAGCUUACUUGUAUUUCAUAACGGCACGUUGUAUAGACGCAACUGCGAAUAAUGGAGCUCACUUGUAUGAACUAUUAAGCCAUUUUAUUCAAGUAUUUGAUCCUACACAGAUACAACAAGCACCUAAACAAUUAACCCUUGUUGGUAAAGCAUUAUUGCACUUGACACACGUCUUGAAAAAACCAUUACUUGCCCUUCAGUGCUUUAAAGUGGCUAUUGAUCGUUUUACUUGUUCUCGUCAUGCCUUAACAUCGCUUCAUGCUCCCUUUUUACAGGCAUGUAUUACAGCAAAAGCAUAUCGAUUCCCACUUGAUCUAUUGAAUCAAGACAUUGACAUCAUUGAUCCUAAAGCAAACAUACAAGGCUUUUUGGAAUAUUAUUAUUAUGGAUCUAUUGUGUAUAUAGCCAACAAGAACUUUGAGCGUGCAUUAGACUUUUUGUCCAUUGUGAUUUCUGCGCCUACACAAAAGACAAUCAGCGCUAUUCAGAUAGCUGCUUAUAAAAAGUUUGUGCUGUCUUCCUUGAUCCUUGAAGGUCAAGUCAGACCAUUGGCUAAAUACACAGCUCAGUCUGUUGAAAAGAUCUGCAGGACACACGCUGCACCUUACUUGAACCUUGUCAGAGCAUUUGAGAAUUCAGAUCUCAAUAUGUUUCAUGAUAUGGCUUCAAAAUCAUCGUCAAUGUUUGAAUCUGAUAAACAUAUUGGCUUAGUAAAGCAAUGCUUUCAGUCUUUACGUCGUAAAAAGAUUAAGGAAAUGACCAAAGUCUAUAUGACAGUUGGAUUGGAUGAUAUGGCCAACAAACUGAAUGUGUCUACUGAAGAACUAGAAUUGAUAUUGAUUGAAAUGAUUCAUCAAAGACAAGUGUCUGCUUCCAUCUCUAUGACUGACCAACAUGUCAAAAUGGUUCAUUUUAGUGAUGAAGAACAACAAACAGUCGACAUUAGCUUAGAAGACCGUAUUUUUAACUUGUCUAGUUUAAAUGAUCGUAUUGCUUAUAUGAACAAAUUAGAGGGUUUAAAUAGGGAUUUCCAAGCCAAAUACAUGACAUUAUCUACGAAUAGUGGUCAAUUAGCACCUUAUGAUGAUGAUUAUGAUAUCCCUUUAGAUGAUGAUGAAAACAAAAUCUUUCAAUAA